AUGCGCUCGAUUCUGGUCCUCAUUCCUCUUCUGUGUGCUCUCUGCGUUGCACAAGAAGAUGAAGGUGCAAAGUUUCUGGACGCCACCGUCGACGACAUCAGCACCUUCAACAGAACGGAUUGUGUCUUGUUCUUCCUGGCCAAAAAACAAGACGGACGCGAAAUAGUGAUGCCAAUUGAGCAUAGGCCGGAGCAGUACAAAAACUGGAACGGAAGAUACAUCUGUCUUCCUGAGCAGCAUUCUCACGACACGUUCCUCUACAUUAUCAUCGUGAUUCUCGUCAUAUUGAUCGUUACUGGAAUCAUUGGAUUUUUCUGCCGUGAAAAUAAGGAUCGAGUGAGGUCGUUCACCCAUGAGUUGAUUCCAAGGGACUGGGAAAACCUGGGAGUCGUUAGAUUCUUCAGAACCGGCUCCAACAAUCAAGAACAACGUGUGGAGAUUCAUCCGCCUGCAGAGGAAGCUAGACUUCAAGACGAGCCACAAGUCUAG